GAAGCCUGCGUAGUGUUUACAAAUGUGUCGGAGCGGUGGGUUAUCGGAAUACUUCUACGUGCAUUGUUGGUUACAACUAGUAUUUAUGAAGACGUACAGAAGUGGCACGAAGCGCAAGAGCAUAGAACCAACGCAUUGAAGCAUUUAUUCCCGCAUUCCAGUUCACAUCAACCACAGCAUUCAUCGACUUCUGAAGAAACUUGGAAACUUUUUCACUCUGUGCUGAAAUAAAAACUCAACGCUGACGGAGUAUCCAUUUAGAUGCAGACAGAUGUAGAUGUAAAUGGUAUUGGCGACUUAAAAUUCGUAACAGUAUACAGCGCUAGAACGAAAGAAGUGCGAUGGGUAUCUGGGGCCUUCAGUCGUUCAUUGAUGGAAAACAAUGGUACGAUGAAGUAAACAUCAGAGACGUCGCAGAUGAAUGGAGGCGCACAAAUACUGUGGAGCCAGUCAUUGCCGUCGAUGGCGCUGCUUGCGCCAGGCACAUAUACGGUACGGCAGAUAAGUUUUGCGGCGGUCAGUACAAGCAAUUCCGGGAGUCGUGCAGAACUUUUGUGCAGAGGUUUCGUGACAGUGGGAUCCGGUUGGUUUUCUUCUUCGAUGGCAUACCAGUAGAAGAAAAGAUGAAUGCUUGGGCAAACCGAAGAAAGAAUAGAUUGUCGCAGAUAUCGCAACUCUUUGCCGAUUUUCGUGCAGGACUUUCUAUGAAAGAGAGGAAAUUCUAUUUGAGGCCAGAGGCCGUGGUGCCCACUGCAAGAAUCAUUUUUGGUACCGAACUGGACUGCAACGUGCGCGUCGCAACCGGCGAUUGCGACAAUGAGCUUGCCGAGUACGCCGCUAGGGAAGACCAUUGUCUCGGCAUUAUAUCCAGCGACACUGAUCUGUUGGUGCACGAGGGAGUUCCGUGCCUCAUCUUUUUCAAACAUCUGAAGAUGACCAGCAGCUUAAAUGCGCGACGCUACAAUCCUGCCGACAUAGCCUCGAAACUGGGACUCCGGCGCGAACACCUGCCAGUCUUUGCGUCAUUCGUCGGCAACGACAUCAUCAGUAGGUCGCAGCUGGCAUCACUACACGACAAGCUUUUUUCACGCUACGGCAGGGGCUCCAGGGUCGAGAACGUCGCUGAGUUCGUCAGGGAUGGACCGCCGGAGGAUGUUACAGCUCUGUGUGCCUACGCCUUCGACGACCACCCGAAUCACUUGGAGGACAAAGUGAGAGCGAGUAUCGACAGCUACAGGCGCGGGAACGCGGUUGCAGAGGAGCCGACUGGCGAUGGCCCGUGGGGUGAACUGCUGCGGUUGGCCGAGGAGAGACACGUGACGUGCAAAAUGCCUGCUGCGGUGUACGCCGUAAUGAAGCGCAGGCGUUUCCGCAUCGGUGAGGUUCUAGAAGAUCUAGCCAAGCAGCGCCCUACCGGAUUGAUGCUUCGGCCGAUGAGGGCCAGACUGUACGCUGUUCUGCUUCGAGAGCGAGGCCCGGACUCCGCCGAAGUGAAAGAGCUGAUGCCUAUGGGCAUCGGCAACAUACGCGAAGAGUCGGUGGCAGCGGCUCGGCUACCCACAAGCGUCCCUCACCCCGGACUUCGUGCCUUGUGGCAACAGGAGGACGUCGCGGGCCAAGACCAGCGGUGGCGGCUCUUCGCGUGGGUGACGUCACCACGGGCGAACCUGUCGGCGCUGAGGUCCGUGUCGCCGCCGCACCUCGCGGUGCCCGCUGUCGCGCUCUCGUACCUGCGCCACGACCGUAACCGGGCCGCCCUGGGACAGAAGGAGGCCGCGGUCUUCGCAGCCGUUGCCGUGGCCGUCGGCGACGCCACCGCCAGCUUCCUCGCAGGUCCGGAUGUCGAGACGGUCAACGUACGCGCCGUCUACUUGGCGACGCUCUUCGUGCGUACGGUGCUGCACGUGCUCGACGCAGCUGCGGCGUGCGGGCUCUCCUUCCCGACCGAGAAAGACUGCCUUCUGGACGCCUACUUUGAUGGAAGAUACUUCCACGAUGUGUACGCCGCGACUAUGUCGCACUCACCGCGUGACCCGAGGCACCAUCUUCUGUGGCGUGCCUCGUACGAGGCACAGUUUCAGCAGCUGGUAGAUGCAAUCGAAAGAACCAACUGAAGAUGUCUAUAGCCCCUUUUGGCCCUUAACGCUCUCGUCUCGAGACAGAAGGUUGGUUUUAUGUAGCUCCCCAAGAUGGCCAGUCUUGUGCAAGCUCCGUCGUCUCUUAAUUAUCUGCAUAAUUACGCUGUCUGAUCCAAGUAUCUGGACACCUGUUAGCGGACAUUAAUAAGGGGCGUGUUGACUCUUCGCCUAUAUGAUGGCUUUAACUGUGCCGGGGUCAAUUUACAUGUGGAACAGAGCCGAUAUUGGACGUAGCGGGUAUAGAACGUCCUGAUUCACCAGUAGGUGCUCCACUGGGCUCAGAUCGUGACUCUCGUUAGGCCAGAAUGAGAUUUUCACUCUGCAGUGGAGUGUGCGCUGAUAUGAAACUUCCUGGCAGAUUAAAACUGUGUGCUGGACCGAGAGUCGAGCUCGGGACCUUUGCCUUUCGCGGGCAAGUGCUCUACCAACUGAGCUACCCAAGCACGACUGAAGGAGUGCUAGUUGUGCAAGGUUCGCAGGAGAGCUUCUGCAAAGUUUGGAAGGUAGGAGGCGAGGUACUGGCGGAAGUAAAGCGGUGAGGACGGGUCGUGAG